AUGCGCGCCGCGCGCGGCCACCAUCCCGCGCGAUGUACCGCGCGCGCGCACCGCAUCGCGCGACGACGACGCGUCGUCGCGCGUCGCGCCGACGCGAGCGAUCGCGAAACCGCCGCCGCGCCGAGCGCCGCGCAGCUCGUCAACGACGCGAAAAGUGCGCUGGAUAUUUUAACCGCCGCGGAUUCGUUGCCGCUGCCGACGGACGCGUCGCUCGCGCCGCACGAGUCCCAGCUGCACCACCGAAGGAAACGCAAAAAGACGUGCUCGCGGGCGCUCCAAAGGCUGGCGAAAAUGCUGGUCGGGACGCGACGGGAGGACGCGCGGCGGGAGGCGACGAGCGCGACGCAGUUCGCGAGGUUGGUCGCGGGCGCGCUGUGGAUCGACGACGACGACGAGACGAGGAACGACCCGGAGGCUGGUGUGUUGUUUACCGAAACCGCGCGCGCGCUCGGGAGCUUGGCGCCGUUUGAGAUGGAGGAAGCGGCGAGAGUGAAUUUUUACGCGACGGCGGCGGCGGCGACGCUGCCGCCGCGCUGCGCGACGGUGGUCGCGUGGGCGCUCGCGCGGUGCGGGAGCGCGGUGCCGAACGAAGUCGACAUCGCUAUGCGUGGGGUUCCGUUUCGUUUUCAACCCUAUCUAACGGCGGGAUUGAUUGAUUUGGAGACUUUGAAACGCGAAGUGCCGUUCAAGCGCGAACAGUUGACGACUCGGGACGGCAGGCGCGUGGACGAGCGCCGCGAGACGUGUUGGAUGGGCGAAGAACACGUUGGUUCGUACGCGUACAGUGGGAAAAUUAUGCAACCCGUGCCGAUGUGCCCGGCGGUGGCGAGAGUGCGCGAUGCAUUGGAAGAGAAGACGGGCGAGAGGUUCGAUUGCUGCUUGAUUAAUUUGUACCCGAGCGAAACGGCGGCGUGCGCGUAUCAUACCGAUCCGUUCAUGGGCAUCGGGUACGCCACGGAUAGCAUCAUCGUCUCCGUAGGUGAGACCAGGCGAUUUAGUUUUAGGCCUCUAGGUUCGACCGACGCGGAGUCGCAUUGGAUCCGAACGCUCGAUGGCGACGCGAUUUGGAUGUUCGCGAAUUGUCAAGACGACUUCGAGCAUUGCGUGAUGACAGCAGAGGGCGACGGUAACGACGCGCCUCGCGCGAGCAUAGUUUUCAAGCGAAGUCUGAAAAGAAAAUCAGCGGCGGAGGCGAGAGCGAAGAAGAAGAAGAAGAAACCUCCACCGUCGUCGAGCGGAGGAGCCGGAGGAGGUAGGAAACAGCCUGCGAAGAGACGUUAG